AUGGAACAACUGCAUCAACCGCUUUUUUUUGGAAAUGGUGUAAUGAGCAACUGCAUCAACAGCGGGAUCAACAAAGUAUUUGUAUUGACACAGUUCAACUCAGCAUCCCUUAACCGUCAUAUCUCUCGCACCUAUUUUGGAAAUGGCAUCAACUUUGGAGAUGGAUACGUAGAGGUUAUUGCUGAUAAUGUUGGUGAUAAUGUUGGUGAUAUUGCCGGUAUGGGAUCCGAUCUAUUUGGUUCAUAUGCAGAGGCAUCUUGUGUUGCCCUUGUUGUUGCUUCCAUCUCUUCUUUCGGGAUAAAUCAUGAGUUCACUGCCAUGUUGUUCCCUCUCAUCAUCAGUUCUGUGGGCCUCCUUGUUUGUUUGCUCACCACCUUAUUUGCAACCGACUUUUUUGAGAUCAAACAUGUAAAGGAAAUUGAGCCAGCAUUGAAAAAACAGCUUGUUAUUUCAACAAUACUGAUGACUGUUGGAAUUGCAAUUGUUAGUUGGAUAGCACUCCCAUCUACCUUCACCAUCUUCAAUUUUGGAGAGCAGAAAGUUGUCAAGAACUGGCAGCUAUUCUUGUGUGUUUCUGUUGGUCUUUGGGCAGGGCUUAUCAUUGGAUUUGUUACUGAAUACUAUACCAGCAAUGCAUACAGCCCUGUGCAAGAUGUUGCUGAUUCCUGCAGGACUGGUGCUGCUACCAAUGUUAUCUUUGGUCUUGCCUUGGGAUACAAGUCUGUUAUCAUUCCAAUUUUUGCCAUUGCAAUUAGUAUUUUUGUAAGUUUCAGUUUUGCUGCUAUGUAUGGUGUUGCUGUUGCUGCACUUGGAAUGUUGAGUACUAUAGCAACCGGAUUAGCCAUCGAUGCAUAUGGUCCAAUCAGUGACAAUGCCGGAGGUAUUGCUGAGAUGGCUGGAAUGAGUCACAGAAUUCGUGAGAGAACCGAUGCUCUUGAUGCUGCAGGAAACACAACUGCUGCCAUUGGAAAGGGGUUUGCUAUUGGUUCUGCCGCCCUUGUGUCUUUGGCCCUUUUUGGUGCCUUUGUGAGCCGUGCUGGUGUUACAACCGUCGAUGUCCUGACUCCCAAGGUUUUCAUCGGUCUGAUUGUGGGCGCCAUGCUCCCUUACUGGUUUUCUGCCAUGACCAUGAAGAGUGUCGGUAGUGCAGCAUUGAAGAUGGUUGAGGAAGUUCGCAGGCAAUUCAACACGAUUCCUGGAUUGAUGGAGGGAACUGCGAAACCUGACUAUGCCACAUGUGUGACAAUCUCCACCGACGCUUCCAUCAAAGAAAUGAUCCCACCUGGUGCCCUUGUUAUGCUAACACCCCUUAUUGUUGGGAUCUUUUUUGGUGUUGAAACACUUUCUGGUGUCCUUGCCGGAUCAUUGGUUUCUGGUGUACAGGUAAUUAAUGUUUGGUACCCACUGUCUGCUGCUUGUAAUACAAUCAAUAUUAAUUCAUGAUGCAAUGUGGUUGUU